UUCAUUGUGGUGAAAUGUCAACAGUUUCGCGCCAAAACUCAGACUAACUCAAGGUGGCGGACGGUUGUCUACAGCAGAUUUGAUACGCAAGGAUGCCGCCUACUGAGGGAUUCGACUGUGACAUGUACCCAGACUACCUGGCCAUGUACUACAAGAGGAUAUUCCCCUACAGACAGUACUUCAAGUGGCUGUCAUACGGGCAGGACCUCAGGACGUGUUUCCAGAAGCGAGAGUUCUGCUUCACGCUGGCCAACGAUGUGUACGUGAGGUUCCUCUCCUUCAAGGACCAGGAGGAAAUGGAGACUGAGAUCAAGAGGAGAUGUCCUCACAAGAUUGACAUUGGUGCCAUCUAUACCCACAGGCCAAAGGAUCACAAGACAGUGACAUUCUUCAGUCCAAAAUCCAAGGAGCUGGUGUUUGAUAUUGACAUGACAGACUAUGAUGAGAUUCGCACAUGUUGUUCUGGAGCAGAGAUUUGUAACAAGUGUUGGAAGUACUUGACCAUUGCAGUCAAGGUGCUGGAUUUGGCCCUCAGACAGGACUUUGGGUUCAAGCACAUUCUGUGGGUGUACUCUGGGCGGCGAGGGAUCCACUGCUGGGUGUGUGAUGCCAGCGCCCGGAUGUUGUCUCAGCCAGCACGCUCAGCAGUUGCUGAGUACCUGCAGCUGGUGAAGGGUGGGGAGGGACACCACCAAGAAAAGUCAGUCUUCCUCUUAAGCUGCAUCCUUCCAUUAAGGCGAGCGGAGACUAUUGUCAAGAAGUACUUCAGUGAGGUGGUGCUGGAGGAGCAGGACAUGCUGGGAACCCCGGAGAGGUGGAAGAAGUUCCUCAAACUCAUUCCAGACCAAGGGCUUCAGGAACACCUUGGACAGACUCAUGCAGCAGUGCAAGCUCUGAGGAAGAACCUGCUGACGGAGAUCAUCCUGCAGUACACUUACCCUCGCCUGGACAUUAAUGUGACUAAAGGCCUCAACCAUCUCCUCAAGUCACCCUUCUCCAUCCAUUCCCAAGACAGGGCGGGUUGUGCGUGUGCUUCAACCCCCAGGAAAGCUGAGGAGUUUGAUCCCACAACUGUGCCUCUUGUCAGCCAAUUAUUGGAUGAGAUUAAUGCCUAUGAUGGUGACAAGAGUGAAAACAUGGAGGAGUACAAGAAGACAUCAAUGAAGGAGUGUAUGGCCCUGUUUGAUUCCUUUCUUGCCAGCCUGGCCAAGGACAACAUCAUCCAGAAGGCAGAGGAGAGUGAUAAGAGACUGGAGUUCUGAACCUGAAGAUUGUGUGGCUGAACAACAUUCUGAGCAGUACAUAAGGAUGUAUUUUUUGAAGGGGAAGAAAAAAAAAACAUGUAUAGUCUACUGAGUUAAAGUGCUUUUAUUGUGUGUGUGUGUGUGUGUGUGUGUGUGUGUGUCCACAGUUGUUUGUAAGUAUUUAUAAUACAGUUUAUAAAAUGAGUAGGAAA